AUGCGGCUGUCCCAGCUCGACGUGGCUGUUGCUGGCGCAUGCGCAUACUCAAGUGUGCUCAUGUCAUCGCUGCUGGCGAUCACCGCUGCUUGGGCCAUCCUCGGAAGCGCCACUGCCGUGAGCGGCACCUUCGCUGCCGUGCUGAUGGCGGCUGGCGCAACGGCGCUUGGCGUGUCAUGCGGGAUGUCGUACCCGUACGAGAUGGUGACGCUCAUCAUGGACGGCCGUGUGGCAGAUGUUGUUGCGGGUGGCUAUGCGAGUGCCGUGUUUGCCUCGGCCGGCCUUGUUGCCACCGUGUAUCUCGUCGUGCUGCAGCACGCGCCGCACCUGGGCCCCCUCGCUGCCAUGCGCAUCUUCGUGGCAACGUUUGGGUCCGUUUCGGCGCUGUUCACCUUCGCUGCGUUUGCUUACGACACAUCACCGCCGGAUCCUUCGCCGACGCUCGGGGAGGACUGUCCUCUGGUGCAGCCUGCCGAGGGGAACGAGCCAGAAGGUCCUCUGCGGACGCCGCGUCAGCUGCUCUCCGACGCUUUGGCGUUUCCGCUGCGCAAAGUCUCGUUUGCGCUUGCGACGGUCGUACUGGCGCUCAAGGUCGGCAUCGGCGCCACGGCCAUUGCCAACAUUGGUGCCGCGGUGGCGUCCGCGGGUGUCACCGGUCUUGACGUCGGCUGGGGCGUCGUUAAGCUCAUGGCGGCGCAGGUAGUCGGUCGGAUCACCCUCGCGAGCGUGUCUGCGCUCCCGCUGUUUGGUCAGGGACACGGAGCGCUGAUCCUUGUCUCGCUUGGCUACACAGCGCUGUUUGGUUGGGCGUGGCUCGCAGGCGGCGUGGCGGCGCACAGCGUUGGGGCGUACACGAUCACGCUUGGGUUCCUCUACGGCAUCAUGUGGACCGUGACGUCGUACAUUCCCCGCUUUGCUCAUCCCGUCACGAAAGACGUCGGCGACUACUGGCAGAUCCUCAUGAGUGUCGCGAACCCCUGCGACGGCAAACACUGCUUCCGCGACUCGUUCCUCAUGCUCGCGGUUGCCUCCGCAGUCCUCCUGGCCGCCUCGCUUGCCCUCACCCUCAUCAACACCGUGUUCCAGGAGCGUGACGACGGCAAGCGGCAAGCUCACUCGUAA